CACAUCGAACCUGCAUUCAGAUUUCUUACUCCAUCAUCAUCGACAAGCGAUCAGCUAAUCGUGCUUUUGCAGCUCAGUCGCCUCCAUCUGCUUUGCCAAAGGGCAACUCAAACUGCAAUAUGUCGACUGUCGUCUUACCUGGAGAUGUCUCAAUCGUCCCUGCAGGUCCCAGCUCACUUUCUGGGGAGACUUCCAAACAGAGGACGAUCAAGCUGGGGCCUGGCUUGAUAAGGAGCAGCAGGACUGCUGAAGGCUCGUCGGACCAAGUCAAGUUGAAAGCUACUCGCAUGGGAACUUUCAAAAGUGUUGAAAAAGCCAAGAGUGUAGGCGUUUGGGUCGAUGCUGAGGAGGGGCGGUACACGCCCAAUCCCUCUGACUCCGUCAUCGGUCAAAUCACUUCGCGCUCGCAAGAAGGCUACGUCCUCUCUAUUUCCUCUGCACAUUCCGCCACCUUACCAGCUCUUUCUUUCGAGGGCGCGACCAAACGAAAUCGUCCCAAUCUCAACGUCGGAACGUUGGUCUAUGCAAAGAUCCUGCCUAACAACAAUAGUAGGGAAUCUGAACCGGAAUUGACCUGCGUGAAUCCGAUGACUGGGAAGGCAGAGGGCUUUGGAGAGUUGAAAGUGGCGGAUAAGGAGGUGGAGGAGCAGGAUGAGAGGAAGAGGUCCACUACGAUGAACAAGGAGAAGAAUGUCGCGAUGUGCUGGGAUAUCAGCUUGGCUCUUGCGAGAGCGCUCUUGACACCACAACAUACGCUCCUUCCAAAUUUGGCUUCGCAUUUUCCGUUCGAAGCAGCGACAGGGCACAAUGGCAAGAUCUGGGUUCAAGCUGGAUGCGUCGAGCACUUGAUCGCAUUUGGAAAGGUUUUGCAAAAGGCCGACGUGAGGAGGAAUAGGUGGUCUGAGAAUCACUCUCAUUCACGCAGCAACGAUGCGAUAGUGAAGAGGGAGCAACAUUCUGAGGAUGUAGCCGCCUUGAGAGGAGAGUUGGACAAGGCAGUCAUAAGGGAGAUUGUGGCGGACCUUGUGUAAUUCGAAUGGGAUCGGUGCCAACUAGACAAGGUGGAAGCGUGUGAGUUCUUCGUGAGCAGUCCGAAGCAAGUUGUGAGCCAGGGCGGAUACCCGAUGGGUUGUCGGCCCCCAAGUAUUGUCCAGGAAAUCCAGCACUGCAUCAGAGCUUCACUCCAGUUCAUGGUCAAGAUUCGAGGAGUCGCUCGGCGCAUCCGAGCGUGAUUUGAGCAUAUCGAUCAGCACCAUACAAGUCAACC